AUGGAUAUAAUCAGUGAACAUUGUACGACGAUUCGAAAUAAGGGACAAGAACUAACUGUUCAACAUUUAAAUGGUUUAUAUAAUGAAAUAUUAAUUCGUAAAGAAAAACAUCAUGCUGAUAUAAAUUCAGUAAUUCUAUGUGAAACACUGUUAAAUGCACUUGAUACUGUUAACAUAGAAAAUAUACUAUGUCAUCCGAUUAUAUUAACACAUACACUACAUAUUUUCAUUAUCGAUACAUUAAAUGAAACAUUGAAAAGAUGGCAACAAUCACCUGAUAAUAUAUCACAUCGUCGAAAAACUGUAUUUCAUCAUAUAACAAAUUUUCUAUCGAACUUAAUUGAUAAAAUUAAUGAAAAUAAUUUGAAAAAUUUUCAAAUAUUAUUACUACAUAAUGAAUUGAUCUAUACAAUAAAUAACAUAUUGAUGAAUAUGGAUCAUCAUGAGAAAUAUUUAAACAGUGAUUUAGUACAAUAUUUUUCUACUGUAAUUAAAAUAUUUACUAAAUUAGUAACAUUCAAUACUACAACGGCGAAACUAACGUUGAUAUUAGAUCCAAUUGUGAAAUUACAUUUUUCCACAAAAUACAUUGAAGCUUUCAAGGCGCUCAGUCAGCGUACUCCAAUGACGUCGAAACAAGAAUUUUUACUAAUUACAUGUCCACUGUUUUUGUUUAAUUAUCAACCACAAUGUGAAUAUUCCGAAGAAACAGAACAAUUUUUAACAUCAAAAUCCGUUACCUACUUCACCGAUAUCUUUGAAUAUUUAUUACCAACAAUAUCCGAAUGGAAUGAGCCUAUUAUCGUAUCUAUGUCUCAUUUGAUGAACAUUCUCUAUCGACUAUAUCAAUUUAGUUCGAUUAGUGGUUAUGAUCAAUUAAUUUCUUAUUUAAUUCAAAUUUUAAAUGAUAAUGAUGCUUUUUCUUCAAAAACACAAUUAAAAGAUGCAACUCUAAUGUUAAUAUUUAAUUUAAUAAAAAAUUUUGCUCUAUUAGCCGUCGUUAAACAACUAGAAAAUGUUACACAAACAUUCUUAACAUUAUUAACAAAAGGAAAUGAUAAUCGUCUAGUAUUAUUUUCAUAUUUAAUACUUGUUAAUUUAGCGAAAGAGGAUGUUUUAACAGUGCUGCCUGAAACAACAAAAAUAAUAGCUCUGUUUCCACCGUAUUUGGAACAAGUUGUACAAAGAAAAUGUCUUGAAUGGCAAGGUGUGAACCUAGAAGAUUUAUUAAAUGGUUUGAAAGUUCUUGCACAAAAUGAUAAAACUAGAAAAGCACUUGACAACAACAAUUAUUCAUCCUCAUUCGUACAAUGUGCAUUGAAAACGAGAAAGAAUGAAAAAAUUUUAAAGCUCAUAUUAGAAAUACUAUGGCUAUUAUCGUUUGAUCCAGAUAUCGCUUCGUAUCUACAACAUCAAGAUAAGUUUAUGUCAUUUGUAAAAACUAUCAAUAAGAAAAAUUAUUCAUUGAGUGUUAAAGAAGCUGCCGAGGGUCUUCAAUGGAAAUUGGAAACAGAAUUUACACUGAUAAAAAAGUCAGAUGAAUUACGGCGACAACAAAAGAGAGUAGAAACGGAGCAAAGUGAGUAUAAUGCGUAUGUUCUGGUGACUGUAAGCCAGGGUGAUACAACCGAAAAUGUUGAUGUGUUUAUUCCUUAUGUCAUCUAUUCUAGCCUAAAAUCCCACUAUGUGCAUUGAGUCAAUGCACAUAGUCAAAGAAGUCAAUGCCAUUGACUUCUUUUCUCUGAGAGCAGUGAGAUUCUGCUAUUGGAACACAUAAACUAAAGUGUGCUUUAACUGUACCUACUGCAGGCGUCGACAGAUGGCUCAAGUGUAGUUACCCAAGCAAAAAAAAUGGAGCUAGAAUCGGGCGGUUGGAGCUAGAUAACACGGUUUUCGACCCGGUUAAGCUAGAUCCAUCUUAAAAAGUUUAACCUAGGAUCGGGCGGUUCAACCUCCUUUGGGUGGUUGGGGAGGUUAUAAGCUAGGUUAAUCGACCGCUUAACCGACCGAUCGAGCUAGCUCUACCUGAUCUAGCUCCAACCGCCCACUUAACCGACUGGUUAAGCUAGUUUCUGGUAUCAAA